AUGAAGCGAGGCAAAACGAUUCAUCCAGGACUCGGUGAGCCCACACAGUUCGUCGACUGGCAAUUCAAGGCCGAGGAACGCCUUGCACUUGAAGAUCUAGAGAAGCUUCUCAACGCUCAUGAUGGGGCGUCCACCGGGGAAAUUUAUCGCGAGUGCAAGUGGGCAACUCUAUUUGACGUUAUGCUCCAUGCGCGGGCCAAGUAUGAAGGCGAUGGGCAUGUAGCCAGACGAGAUGCUGCACGGUUUGGCCUUGACUUGACGUCUAAGAUUGUGGAACUGAUUCCUGAAGACUGGGGACUGGGAGUUCUCAGAGGCGGAAUGGCCUUGCUGCUCAAGGUGGCCAAGCGUAAUCUGGAAAUCACAAAGAGGAUUCUUGACGUUUUCCGGGAUAUAUCACUAAGAAUGGCGACGAUCACUAUGGCCUCUGACAAACUAGGAACUGAACAAGAGCAACUUCGGCGACAGCGAGAUUUCUUCUGCACCGUUGUGCGGGAUAUGCCUGUUCUCAUAAGGAGGCUCUUGGGCAAGGAAAAGUACACGGCGGAUACAAUCCUCGACAGGUGGAAAGCAGACAUGUGUGAGCUCAACGAACACAUGGAGAGGUCAAAUAUCGCAUCAAUGAGCGACAUCAAGUCCAACACGAAUCUCCUUCCCGGCAUACUAUCCUGCAUCGCGGCUACGAACCAGUCGAUUGGGCAGCUGACCGACCAGAUGGCGGAGCUGCCUCAAUUCCUGCAGCGAGCCUUGCAGGCGUUCUUUGACAAGAUAAUCGAGACUCUAGAGGUAGAAGAUAAGCAGCAGCAGCUAGAAAGAGGUGGCGCGCUUAAAGAAAACCAACGUCUUCGCGAGUUAUCAAGAAGUCCCCAGCCGGGAUGGCACUACGUAGAAGACACGAACCCAGACACACACGACGUCACACCCGAGAUCGCGCAAAUAGAGCUGAUCGGAGCCCUUGGUGUCCACGUAUACGCACACGUGAAAGUCUUGGAAGACGUUCUUCAACAGACAUCCGACUUUGACGUACCAUCUCUCAGACAAGUGAGAGGCUUGACGCAACACAAAGAAUUUGACCACUGGUUCAAGGCAGAGUCGUCCUCACUGCUAUUUGUCGAGUGUCAUCUGCAGGACUGCGGCCCGACUGUGACUGCGGCUUCAGUCUUCAGCUCAUCGUUGAUAUGCACGCUAUCGGCGCAGAGGAAUGUCAUUCCUCUUUUCUUCUUCGCUCGACUUGACGGCGGCAUGUCUGAUGCCGGUGGCCCUGCGUACAUGAUGAGGAGCCUCGUGUUUCAGCUGAUGAUGAGCACGGCUCAACCUUUCCUCAAUCUCGGCUUCAUAUCAUUGGACUUAUUCGAGGCCUGCACACAGCAGACUCUCUCUGCGCUCUGCGAGCUGUUUGUCGAGCUCGUGUGCCAAGUACCUCCCAGUACAAAGGUGUGCUGCGUCCUCGAAGGGCUCGACUUGUAUGAGACGCGGGAGUAUCUGUGGGACAUACAGGUCGAUUAUAUUGCCGACAUGUUCGAAGUCUUGACCGCGAGACUGGAAGAAGAAGAUAAGGGGAUGUUGAAUGUUCUGAUCAUGAUUCCAGAUCGGAGUCAGAGGUUGUAUAAGAGGAUGUGGAGAAGAGACAGCCCGUGGAGCUGCAUUGAGCUGAUGGAGGAGAUGAGCUUUGCUGAUUGA